CAGAUUUCUCAUUAUGCGAAUGUACAGCGAUCAAUGAUUUAUACUUUACAUGUGGGGGACUCCAUCACGCAUAUCUUUUAAAACACUUUCGUCUCGUCGUCAUCGGCCUGUGUAAGACUCGUCUGCUGUUGCAGACGACGAAGGAGGCGCAGGUGCAUACAUGUUGCAGCAGUGAAAGUAUCCGGGAGUGUAGUACGAUCUGUCAAUGCCCUCUCUUAUAUAGUCAGUCCGAUUCUAACGGUGCCGUUUAGCGCGCUUCAGUCAAAUUCAUCGUCGUACCCGGUGAUCCUCGAUCCCAGGAUCGCGAUAAGAUCCUAGUCCUAGCUUCGGCAUAAGGUACAAUUGGAGUCGCAAAGGUGGACCGCAAGUCCCGACCGUCGUAACUUUCGCGAAACUUUCGUUUUCGUCGUUGCCGCUGCGGCCGUAUUGAAAAAUUAUGACUAAGAAGCUGUGGGCCAUCCUCCUCCUUGUCGGCUGCACGGCAACUCUCUCCUCUGACACCAGUCCCGAAUAUGUGAAGCAAUGCUCCAAAAGCGAUCCGAAGCUGAUAAAUUGUUUGAUCGAUGCCCUGCAUCAUCUGCGACCUUACCUGAGCGCCGGAAUCCCCGAAAUUGAGUUACCGGCAGUAGAACCGUUUCGUAUGGACGAACUGACUCUCUCCCUAACGGGUGGUGCGAAUGGUUAUAAGAUUCAGCUACGGGACCUGUAUAUAAAAGGGGCGAGUAACUUUACGGUGGAGGAUAUCAAACUUGGCUCACCCUUCCAAGCCAUUGUACGAAUGCCGGCCCUUAUACUAGACGCGCAUUAUUCCAGUUCCGGCGUGUUAAUAAUUUUACCGGCAAGUGGAAACGGUACAUUCCACGCGCGUUUCGGAGAUGCUAGAGCACUAGUCAGAGGGACAAUCUCAACGAGGUCACGAGAGGGAAAGACGUAUAUGAACGUCGAUAACCUUGACGUAGUACUCGCAGUGAAAAAUCUACAAAUGCGAGUCAGCAAGAUCUUCAACAACAAUAGAAUACUCACCGAGGCAAUCAAUCUCUUCCUUCGAGAGAACGGGCAAGAAGUGUUGAAAUUGAUGGAGCCACAGCUGAAGAAGAAGCUGUCGGCACUCUUUGCUGGCAUUGUUAAUCAACUCUUACGACACCUGCCAGUGGAAACGUUCCUUAUACCUUAAAACAUCUAUAUUAUAAUCUUUAUUAUAAUAGUUAUUAUUAUUAACUUCUUCUUAUUAAAAUCAACAAUAAAUUUUAAACAUGCACGGGAACUAAAUAAUGUAGUAUAGCAUAAGAAAGAGAUCGCUUUUCAGGCAUUCUUCUAAUUAAAGAUAAGCAUAAUAUGUAGACAUGCUUUUAAGCAGGGUUCUAAAUAAUGCAUUACUUUUUGUAAUGCAUUACGGUUUUAUUAAAAAGUAUUUUUUUAAUAACUUAUACAAAGGUUCUUAAUUACGCAUU